CACUUAAAGAUUCUUCCUUUUGCUUCAACUGCGAGCUUUGGGGUGGAUCUCUCUCACUUGCAAAACCAAAUCUGUUCUACUUUGACACCAAAAGAUUACUUCUUAAUCUUCACAAGGUGUUGCAGCCUUAUAUGAUUGGCUGUUGUUAGGAAGGGGUAUGUAUAUUGUAUACUGUGUGUUAUGAAGAUCAGAUAAGUAAAAGUCAAAUCUUGAGGAUAACAACAAUGUUGCAGCCAUUGCCAGAGAUAGCUGAGAGUAUUAAUGAUGCUAUUUGCCAUGAACUCUCCAUGUGGCCUGAAGAUGCUAAUGAUUUGUUGUUGAUAGUGGAGGCAAUAUCAAGGGGAGACUUGAAAUGGGUACUGGUUGCUUGUGCUAAAGCUGUUUCUGAGAAUAAUCUUCUAAUGGCGCGAUGGUGUAUGGGCGAGUUGCGUGGUAUGGUUUCGAUUUCUGGUGCGCCAAUCCAGAGAUUGGGAGCUUACAUGUUAGAAGGUCUAGUGGCAAGACUCGCCGCCUCUGGUAGUUCGAUAUACAAAUCUCUCCAAUCCAGAGAACCUGAGAGUUAUGAAUUCUUGUCUUAUGUGUAUGUUCUGCAUGAGGUUUGUCCAUAUUUAAAGUUUGGGUACAUGUCAGCGAAUGGGGCGAUCGCUGAAGCAAUGAAGGAUGAGAAAAGAAUUCACAUUAUUGACUUCCAAAUUGGGCAAGGGAGCCAGUGGAUUUCGCUGAUUCAGGCUUUUGCAGCUAGGCCUGGUGGGGCUCCAAAUAUUCGAAUUACCGGAAUUGGUGAUGUAUCGGUUUUGGUUACAGUUAAGAGAAGACUAGAGAAACUUGCAAAGAAGUUUGAUGUCCCAUUUAAGUUCAAUGCGAUUUCAAGGCCGAGUUAUGAAGUUGAAGUGGAAAAUCUUGAUGUCCGGGAAGGCGAAGCCCUUGGAGUAAACUUUGCUUACAUGCUGCACCACUUGCCAGAUGAGAGUGUAAGCAUGGAAAACCACAGGGACCGAGUGCUGAGGAUGGUGAAGAGUCUAUCACCUAAAGUGGUCACUCUUGUGGAACAAGAAUGCAACACAAACACUUCUCCUUUCUUUCCUAGGUUCCUUGAGACAUUAAGUUAUUACACAGCAAUGUUUGAAUCUAUUGAUGUGAUGCUUCCUAGAAAUCACAAGGAAAGGAUCAACAUCGAGCAGCACUGCUUGGCAAGGGAUGUCGUCAACAUCAUAGCUUGUGAAGGAGCUGAGAGGAUCGAAAGGCACGAGCUUCUCGGGAAAUGGAAAUCAAGGUUUUCCAUGGCGGGUUUUGAGCCAUACCCCUUGAGCUCAAUAAUUUCAGCCACCAUUAGAGCCCUGAUGAGAGAUUACAGCAACGGGUAUGUGAUUGAAGAAAGUGAUGGUGCUUUGUACCUUGGUUGGAUGGACAGAAUCUUGGUCUCAUCUUGUGCCUGGAAGUGAAAGAAUAAAAAUGCAAACGAUAGAUUGGAAGUAAUAGAUUGUUGUCUCAAUACGGUUAAUAAGGUUGAAUCUGAAUCAAAUCAUAUACAUCCCCAUA